CUGACCAAUGUCUCAAUCUAAACAACAACUCUGUCCAUACAUAAUUCUUCUUAAGGAAAUUAGACCAGCAUGGUGGGUAGUCACAAAUUGAUUGUCGGGCUAAAUAAUCUACUACCACUCUUCAUUUUCAUUUUCGGGAUUACGACUUCUUGGGAUACUCUGAUACUAACUGAGGCCAGCGUCGGAAGAAGAACGUUGGCCACCGAUCAAAAUCAUCCGGGUUUCAUAAGCAUCGAUUGUGGAGCGGAAGAAGACUACCUUAACGUUGAAACCGGUAUAUUCUACUACACCGACAAAGAUUUCAUUAACACUGGUGAAAACCAUGACGUAUCACCCAGUGCCAUUAAUAACAACUAUUACAUUCAGUAUUGGAAGGAGUACAGGAGCCUGAGAAGUUUUCCCGAUGGAAACAAGAACUGUUACACUUUGAAGCCUAAACAGGGCAAAAAUAACAACUAUCGAAUUAGAGCUUCUUUUUUAUAUGGAAAUUAUGAUGACAAAAAUGAAAUACCAGAAUUUGACGUAUAUGUGGGGGUUAAUUACUGGGACACCGUGAAAUUGCAAAGCGUAUGGUACAUGCUCUUCCUCGAAAUUAUUCACUUCUUCACAGCUGAUACCGAAUAUGUAUGUCUGGUAAACACUGGCUCUGGAAUUCCUUUCAUUUCGGCAUUGGAAUUACGGUUUUCAAAUAAUUCAGCUUAUAAUAGAACCAACUCUGGAGCAGCACUAAAAAACAUCGGGGUUAUUGACCUGGGUACAUCUAAUAAUGACUCUUUAAGGUACAAGGACGAUGGUUAUGACCGCAUCUGGCUAUCCGGCCAGUUUCCUAGUUCUGUUCCAAUAAAUACCUCAUUGAGUACCGAUCAUCCCGGUAAUGAUUCAUACAAAGUACCUGCUGAGGUCUUGAGAACUGCUGUCCGGCCAGUCAAUGGCUCCAGAUCCCUGAAUUAUUUUUACCAAUCAUCUCGUUUCCCCACUAGUCAAUAUCUUGUCUUCUUUCACUUUGCUGAGAUUGAAGAGAGUGCACAAGAUCGACUUAGACAAUUCACCAUCACAUUGAAUGGUUUCAAGAGUAGACUCAUUACCCUUCAGUACUUAAGGCCAUUCUCGAUUAACUUCCAGGAUUUGCUAAUUCAAGGAGUUAUUAACUUUACUAUUGAUGCAACAGAAGAAUCCGACCUUCCUCCCAUACUCAACGCCCUUGAGUAUUACCGAGUUCUUCCUCUUCCAUUUUCACCAACUGACCAAUCAGACGGUGAUGCUAUCAUGGCCGUCAAGCAAACAUACAACAUAAACAGAAAUGACUGGCAAGGAGAUCCAUGCCUCCCCAAAGAACAUACCUGGAGCGGUAUAACCUGCAGAUUCAACAGUACUCCAAGGAUCAUCUCACUGAACCUAAGUGCAAGUAAAUUAACAGGGGAGAUAUCUUCGUCAUUCUCUGAUCUGGAGGCAAUAGAGUCCCUUGACUUAUCAUACAAUGAAUUAAAGGGGCCAGUGCCAGAAAUUUUAGCACAACUGCCAACUUUGAAAGUCCUAAAUUUAUCUGGAAACAGGCUCUCAGGUCCAGUUCCCCAAUCGCUCAAGGACAAGUCUGAUAAAGGAUUACUGGUUCUGAGUUUGGCUGAAAAUCCAGAUUUGUGCCAAAUAGAUCCAUGUCAUCGUAAAGAAAAGAAGAACUUUGCUGUUCCAGUUGUUGUAUCCGUUGCAUCUGCUUUGGUCCUCAUCUUCUUGAGCAUUCUAAUUGCAUUUGGCAGAAUUAAAAGGAGAAGACAACGAGAGCCUCUGAUCAAGUCAACGAAGGAUGGGUCAUUUGAAUCAAAGAAUCGACCCUUUACUUACUCUCAGAUCGUUAAAAUUACUGGUAACUUCACAACCGUUGUUGGAGAGGGAGGGUUUGGAAAAGUUUAUCUUGGUACUCUGAAUGAUAACACUCCAAUUGCUGUCAAAUUACUCUCGCCAUCAUCAAAGCAAGGAUAUAAGGAAUUUCGAGCAGAGGCACAGCUUUUGAUGAUUGUUCAUCAUAGAAAUCUUGUAUCUCUCAUUGGUUACUGUGAUGAGAGUGGCAACAUGGCGCUGAUUUAUGAGUACGUGGUAAAUGGAAACUUAAGACGGUAUUUAUCUGAGACAAACAGAAAUGUUUUAAAAUGGAAAGAAAGACUUCAAAUUGCGAUUGAUGCUGCACAUGGAUUGGAGUAUCUACAUAAUGGUUGCAAGCCGCCUAUAGUCCAUAGAGAUUUGAAAUCUGCCAACAUCCUAUUGACUGAAAGCAAGCAAGCGAAGAUAGCUGAUUUUGGGCUAUCUAAACUUUUCAUAACCGAAAAUGCAUCUCAUAUAUCGACUUGCCCUGCUGGCACACUUGGAUAUCUUGAUCCUGAAUUUCAAGUUUCAGGAAACUUAAACAAGAAGAGCGAUGUUUACAGCUUUGGGAUUAUUCUAGUUGAGCUAAUCACAGGCCAGCCUGCAAUAAUAAGAAGUCACGAGCGCAGCAUUCACAUACUUCAAUGGUUGAGUCCAAUAGUCGAAAAGGGAGAUAUUCGAACCAUUAUUGAUCCUAGGUUGCAAGGUGAAUUCGAUGUCAAUGCUGCCUGGAAAAUCGUGGAGAUAGCCAUGUCAUGUGCACAACCAACUUCAAUCCAAAGGCCUGAUAUUAGUUACGUUUUAACAGAACUCAAGGAAUGCAUGGCUAUUGAGAUGGCCCUUGAGAGAACUCAGCGAAUUCAUAACAACAUGACAACAUCAGGCACAUCAGUUGAAAUGCCCACCGCGAACGUGGACUCAGAUAUGGUUCCCAUCGCCAGGUAGCUAGCAAACAAAUCUUCAUCUUUAGCUGUCAUAUUUGUGGUGAGAUGGAGAUAGCAAGUUUCCAGGAAACUCAUCGUGUGUCUUCUUUUGUACACUUAAAAACAUUUGUUAUUUUUGAGUGCCAUGGCAGUAUAAGUAUAUAUGCUUGACUAGUACCUCUUAAUUUGUA